AUGUCCAACUCGGACGCCAACACCAGCAUCCGCCUCGCCACGGCCAUCCUCGGCGGCAUCACCCUCCUCGCCGCCCUUGCAUCGGCCACCCCAUCCCCCAUCGCCGCCGGCAGCAGCAGCGGCGAUGCCUCGUACCCCUUGCACCACCUCGCCAAGCGCGCAUCGCCCAUCAACCAGCGCUGCGUACAGAGGUACAACACCUCCAGGGCCGAACCCUUCCCGCAGCAGGGCUACUUCAACCCCAACAACGGCUCCGGCUCCAUGCUCACCAUCUGGAAGGACGGCAGCGGCACGCCCGGCGAGCCCAUCAACGGCAUCAUCUCGGGCAACUCGGACCCCGAGGUCCUCUGCCCAGAGGGCUUCCUUCGCUACGCCACCUCGAUCAACUUUGGCGUGUCGUGCCUGGGCAACGCCAACGGCACGGCGCAGUGGGCCAACCUGGGCGACGGCUUCGGCGACCGGAUCCAGGGCAACGGCAACGGCGACAACGGCGUGCUGCGCUGGAACUACGGCGACACGUCGAUCGGUACGUGCCGCGAGUCGGUCGAGGGCGACAACCACUUCCGGUGGUACCUGCAGAACGGCACCGACGGCUUCAGCGGGGCCAUUUUUCUGGCCAUCUCGAUGGAGGAGUCGGCGGCGCUGGGCCACAAGGUGCAGCUCGACGGCUACAACCGCGGGCGCGACUACCUUGCGCGCAACGCGACGAGCAACGAGACGACGAGCUACGGGGGCUACGUGUUCCGGACGACGGUCGAGUACGUCGAUGCCGGUGUGCUGCUCAACGCCACCAGCGACAAGAUCAACCAUCCGGAUGUGGCGCUGCCGGGCCAGCCGGUGCAGGAUGGCCGGGUGGCGGUGCUGACGGUGCGGCAGCUGUCCAACGGCGGCGAUGCCAGCAGCUCCAACGACGCCUUGGGCUCGAGGCUGGCGCCGUCUUGGGCGCAUACGAUGCUGCUGGCGAUGGGCUUGACGGCGGUGCUGGCCGUGUCGGCGGUGAUGACGGUGGCAUGA